AAGCAAGUACUUUAUAUAAUAAGAAAUCAAUCGUCAACGUGUCUGAAGCAAAAGAGCACAUCACUCGGGUGGCGUUUGUGACGCGGCCAAAACACCAUCGCCGUAGUGGACAAGUUGCGAAAAACUUAAGGGUUGAUGCGAGGUUGUUUUACUUCGUUACGACGUCGAUGCAUGCUUUGCAAACAUGUUUGUAACGAUUUAUUACGGAGAUCAGAAGUCGUUGCUUGUCAAUCCAAGCUGUUCCGUGGUAAAUCUACUGAACUCGAUAAAAGAGCGCUGCGGUUAUGGCGAUAGUGACAGAGUUCUGGACUUGAGCGACGAAACAGGACUAGUCUUAGAUCUCAGCAGCCACAAAAACGAUUACGCUAGCAAGUAUCUCGCAUCCAAAGGCUUCUACGUUCUGGUAGAGAAACGGACGAUAACAUCACCUUCCAAUGACCCAAACGAAUCGAGGCUCCCGCAGGAAGUCCAAUAUGUACCCCUGCUUCUAAGACCCAACGAAACAUUUCAAGGUUAUAAAGCUAGAGUGGCUGAGAGGAACAUGGGUCGAGAUGAAAUAUCACAGACGAGCAGAAACACAGCAAGCAGAGGUAAACGAGGGAGACCGAGAGUACGAAAGAGUGUAGUAGAAGCAAGUUAGCGCACGAGAACAGAUUCCUUUGACAGAGUCCAUCUCUGUUUACCCUUGUAGUAACAAUUCAAGUUAGAUGUUCUUUGAGAGGUAUCAGGUUCUUUAUAAGAUUAAAAUUGUAAAUUAAUAAGGAUAAAACUGUAACUUGAGUUUAAAAACCUAUUUUUAAUUACAAAAAAAAAAGUACAACAUGUAUUUGUAAAUAACGUGAAAUCCCUAAGUUAAAUUGUAAUGUAAUUAGCGUAAGGACCUUCCUUGUAAUUUGCUUGUUUCGCAGUCAUUACUGUAGCUUAUUCUUAAAAAAAAAGAAAAGAAAACCUUUCUAGGGAACAUGUAGUGGUCUAGAAUUGGGCUACAAAAUCAAAAACUUAACAAAAAGUUUCCUGAGCCG